GGGCAGCGGUGAACCAGUUUUGCAGGAUGAGCACUGAGACUGAAGAAGUUAAGGCAGAAGAUGGCAAACCGGAAUCUGGAAAAAAAAUAUUUUAUUGUGAAGUUUGUAAAGUUCCAUGUAUGAGUUCUAUAAGUCUUCAGUCACACUAUCGUGGUGCAAAGCAUAGAAAGAAAGAGAAAGCCCUGAGACCCAAGACUGUCUAUUGUCCUCCAGCUUCAGUCCGAACUCCGAUGAAGUAUGAAACACGGAGACCAGUGAAGAGAGGAUUCACAAAGGACAUAACCUGUCUGAAGGAUUUUAUGAAUGAUCCCAAAAGAGAAGAACCUCUAGUUGGCUUAGAACAUGUGGUUGAAAUCAGAUUUGAAGGAAGAAAAGAGCCGCAUUAUGAGUGCAAGCUGUGUGGGUUUAAUACAGAGAUGGCACCUAUGAUAGAACAUCUUAGUGGAUAUAAACACAGAAGAGCAUACAUUUCUAAAGAAUUUCCAGAUAAAAUGAAGAGAAAGACAACAGGUGUAAAAGAAUGCAAAGUCUCAUUUCUCAGACGGAUAGCACGGGAGCUAGAGAAGACUGAAGGAUUAAAAAUGUAUAAGAUUGAAGGUUACAUAAGACCAAGUACCUCACCCCCAUCAAAGAAGAAAGCAAGGUGGGAAGAUGAUUAUAAGCAUGAGAAUGAUCCUGUUCGGAAACAGAAAGCUCUGGAGUUCUUGGAGACUUUUCACAUCACCUCAGACUCAGAAGCAACACUUGUUGUUCAUAUUACACAGGAACUCACAGAAGCUUUGAAGGCCUUUUGUGAAAAGAAAGCAGCAGUUAAUUAUACUAACAGUCUGAGGCCACUGAUGUCAGUAUCUCAGGAUGAAUUUCCAGGAAGGAAAAGCAUCCCAAAACACUAUAAGCCAUAUGGAAAAUCCAAAGGACAUUCUAACUGGAAUCAAGGUUUUUUGUCUCAAUAUGAAGAGUGUUCUGCAGAUGCUUCUUUUGCUCCUGCUAACUCAUAUAGUUACCAAACAGAUGAUGGAUCAUCUUCCUAUGGACUGAGAUCUAAUGACUUUGCAAUGAUGUCUGCACUCAGGGACUCUUUUACUCUUCAGACUGGAAGUCCUGCCAGUGGUAUCAGUGAAUGGCUGAGACAGUUCAGCCUAUCGGCUUCUGGCAGUAAUUCAGCUGGUGGGGCCUCUUCCUAUGAGACAAGUCCAGUGAAUGAGUACUCGGCAGAAUAUAUGUCCAACGAUGUGCGAGGAAGUGAGCUCCCUGGUAACAGAAUCUCAUAUGGCGGGGAAAGUACAAAUUGGGGGAAUCAACAAGCGUGUACAAAAGCAAGGAGUGUAAGUGAUCAAGGAUUACCCUAUCCCAAUUCUUCUGCCUCAUAUCCUUCAUCUGGAAGAUAUUCCACAAACUAUCCUUCGCAAAGCUAUUCCUCUUACAAGAAUGAUGAGUCUGUGAAUACUUGUACAUCUUCUGCAAAUGCUGCUGUUUCAGGAAGAGGUGGCUCCAGGUGGAACGAGGACUCUAGGUGGAACCAGAGGUCUAGCUGGAACCCAGAGUCUAGCUGGAACAAGGAAUCUAGCUGGAACCAGGAAUCUAGGUGUCAAGGAUUCAGGCAUCAGAAGUCAGGCUACAAGAGUGACUGGAGUUCACAUCAGUACUCGUUUUCUGGCAGUGGUUCGUACAGAGAUUACCAGCAGUUCAGAAGUUCAGAUAAGAUGUUUGAUGAAGAUGCUGUUGGUCUUACUCCCAACAUUUUGAAUAGACUACGAGGAAAGGACGUACCUACAAUGACCAGGAUGCUCAAACAGUUGGCUCCGUAUUAUCCAGCACUUCAAAAACUAAAUAUUCAGACAUUAGUCAAUGUGCUAGUAGAAACUAGAGGAAAAGAUUAAGGAGCAACAGCAGCUGAACUGGAAACAGAUGAACAGAUUCGAGAAUCUCCAUCUCUUGGCUUUCAGGAAAAAGACUGCAUUUAAUUCUGUGUUUGACUGGUUUUGGAAGGGGAAAGGGAGGUAGGGUUUAAUUUUUUAACAUGUGAAAUAUAGCUGGAACACGGAGGUGAACAUACUAUUUUGUUUAGGCUUUUUUAAUGUAUUUGUUAUAUCUUAGUAUAUUACAGAAAAAAUCUUUUGUUAUUUUUUGAAAAUAUGUUAAUGUUAUUCUGUCAGCAAAAAGCUAAUAACUCUUUUAACACCCUUCCCAACUCAGAAAAAAAGAAAGAUUUUCUUUUAUGUUAUCUACUUAGGAAGAAUAUUCACUGAAAAUACAGGUCCGUUGCAUGAAAAUACAGGCUUACUUUUCUUCACACAAAUGUAAGGCCAGUUCAGUUAAUUUGAGGCCUUACAAUUAGCAUAUUUUUAGAAAUUGAUGCACUACAUUACUGUUUAGACAAAGACAGGAGAAUAUCACAGCACAGGUAUUCUCUGUCUUAACGUGAUGCUAUAUGAGGAAAAUGUAAUCUGUUCUAGGGGAUUGGUAUGUAAUGGGGCAUAUUACUUGCUUUCAUUUUUGCAGAGUAGAGAGAGACGGGAAAUAUAUGCAGAUUUUUUUAUCAUGUCGUUCAGAAUGAAAUAGUUACAAAUCAACUUAAAAACUCAUUUGAUGGAUUGAUCCACGCUAAAAUAAAAAUUCUUGAUUCCUUCUACUGGCAAAAGCAUACUAAGAAAUAGUAGAACCUAUAAGGCAAUCAGAUAAAAUAAUAGGAAAAAAAAUUAUCAAAAUGACAUACUAACUGAGAAAUACUUACCAGUUCAUGAUGUUUAUCAAUGGUCCAUACUUAUGUUUUCUUUUCCCCACACUUCUGAGCCACAUGCUCAUGAAUGCCUGGCUUUAGAUGUCUACUUUAUGUAGUCAAAUUCAGCUUACAUGGAGCUAAAGAAAAGAAGUAAGUGAGACAGUUUACUCCCCAGUGUCCAUUUUCCUUUUCACUGCUGUGUUGUGGACUGUCAUUUUUCUUCUCACCCGUAUCUGAAAUAUUUCUCUGCCUCUGUGCGUUAAAUGCUUGUGCUAAACCAGGGUUAGUCUUCGUGAGCUGUCAUAUCAUCUUUUUGCGUUUGCUAAAAUAACUUUUUGGAUCUUGUCAUGUAAAUUUUAACAAAAAGGCAACAAAGCAAUUUAUUAUAGAACGUAUAAACUCAAUUCCCUAAAAUUCUCUUCUGUAAUUGUUUUGCUUGUGCAUCAGAAUAGAUCCACUUUCCUUUUUCAUUCCUGUUCACUACUUCCUUUUCUCCUUCUCAUACUUACUGAAGGGUUUAAGUAGUUUCUAAUGGCAUACGCUUAGUAGUUGUGCCAUAUACUUUUAUCCAUUGAAUUACAUAGUAGACCUUCUUGCUUAAAGGGGAAAAAUAUUAUUUUCUACCACAGGUGUCUGCCAGAGUUUUGAUUUAAAACUCCAUGGAACUGAUCAGUUAUUACCUACAUUUAAAAAUUAUCAGAAAUUAUUUACAUGAAUGUUAUUACCAUAGGUUUUUUUCCACAGAAAGUGUAGUGCAGCUAAAAUUCUGAAACUGUAGAAAAAAUGUUACUGCUACAACUCUGUCAAUUCAAGUUAAGACCUUUUCAUCUGAGGUUGUUGUAAAGAGCUCUUUUUUCCCAUUUCUCACUCCCUUUGGGAUUUUACUGCCGUUACUGUAUAUCCCAGUGGCAUACAGCAGCUGGAUGAUCUCUGCCCAAAUUAGAUGCUCUUUCCGCACACAUUCCCUUCUUAUUUUUUGUUCUGGGGAACAGUUCCUGUCCCUGCUUGUUGUUGUGCAGGGUCCUGCAUUGAGGAAACAGUUCUUGCAUUUUGAAACAGAGUUGGAGUAGUGACCAAGUUAAGAGGAAAUUCUUUUCAGCAUUGAUUUACUAAAGGUUUCCUGAGCUGUAGAUAGCAUUUGGAGUCUUGUAAAUGCCCUUCACUUCUCUGUUUCAAUUUUCAGUUCUUACCAAAAUCAGUGAAGUUCUUGAGAGGAUUGUCUGUUUGUUCUUAUACACAAGCACUAUCAUGUAGGGAAUUUUUUUAAGCCGGUGGUAUCUUGUAAUAUGCACUCCAAGCCUGCCUUCUCUCUUAUGUGCAAUUAGUAUCAGCAGUGUGGUGUACUCAGUUUCUUUCAAUCACUUGGCUGACCCAGUUUCAGCUGCACCACUGCUUUCUCCUUAAUUCUCUUUUAUCUUUUUUCUUUCCAAAGAUCUUCCUAGCUUUGGAAAUUAAGAGCUUCAGUGUGCAAUUUCUGUACUGA